AUGGGUACAACUCCACAAGAGGAAGCACUUGUAAUGAUGCUCUGUGAAGAGGCACACGAUGUUCGCGCUAAAUUUAGAGCCCUUUGCAAUAAACUAAACGGUGGUUCAGAUGCCGAGAAGAAAGAAUUUCUCGAGACAGUCCUCGGGGUAUUUUUCAAGCAGCUCGAUGCUCUUCUCAACAAACGGAACAGCAAGUUUGCUAUUGGUGAUCAACCGACCGUGGCUGAUUUUCUACUAUAUGAAUAUAUCGAUUAUUGUCUCUCCUUUGACGAUGAACAUACACUGCUUGAGCAAUAUCCAAAUGUUCAACGACUACUUCAACAAAUUCAAGAAUUGCCCGAAUUGAAAGAAUAUAUUGCAACAACACACGCUCAAGUACCGAUGAACAUCAAGUAACAUAAUCUUGCUAUAUUAAUUGUAUCAUUUACAAAAACUAUAACAGUUGCAUCUGAAAAACAUUUUAAAAAUCUUUCAACAUUUACAUUUCAUAUUGAUACAAUGAAACAAUAUAAAUCAAUACGUAUUGAUAUUGAUCAAACAAAUAAAACACUUGAACAAUUAUGA